UUCAGCAAACAAGUGAUAUAGAAAUAAAAUACCUGGUUACGUUCUUUAAAAAAGGUACGUAAUUAUCUACAGCUAUAUAUUCCCUUUCCCACCGAAAAUCACCUAUAAAACCUGGUUGAAAAGCCUUUGCCCAACCCCCCUCCUUUUUUCUCUCUCUCUCUCUAUAUAUAUAUAUAUAUAUUGAAUUCAACCUUCACGUGUUCCCUAAACCACCACUCUUCUCUUGACACAAAAAGGCGAUACUAUGUGUCAUCUAACACCCCACCUCCCUUGCAAAGCCAACUCAGACCAAGAGUAUCUAAUUUCAAUGAAACUCCAAAAGACAGAGCAACCGGACAUGACGAUCACCAGCCCCUUGAUCCACAAGGGUAUCGUCACAACACCCCGUGUGGAGAAGGACUCCCCAGCAAUGCAAACCCGUCUUUUCAAAGAACUAAUUUCCAUAGCCAAAAUUUCUCUCCCCAUGAUCCUUACUGGCCUCUUACUCUAUUGCCGCUCAAUGAUCUCCAUGCUCUUCCUCGGCCACCUCGGAGAGCUUGCCUUAGCUGGCGGUUCACUCGCCGUUGGCUUCGCAAACAUCACCGGAUACUCAAUCCUCUCCGGCCUUGCUGUCGGAAUGGAACCCAUUUGCGGACAGGCUUACGGUGCCAAGAAGUUCACCCUCCUCGGUCUCUGCCUUCAAAGAACCGUUCUCCUCCUCCUCUUCACUUCUCUUCCAAUCUCUCUCCUUUGGCUCUACAUGAAGCAUAUCCUUCUCUUCUGUGGCCAGGACGAGGACAUAGCCACACAAGCACAGUUCUAUCUUCUCUACUCCAUCCCCGACCUCUUAACACAAUCGUUUCUUCACCCUUUAAGAAUUUACCUUCGAACCCAAUCCAUUACUCUGCCUCUCACCCUUUGCGCCACUCUGUCAAUUCUCCUCCACGUCCCCAUCAACUACCUCCUCGUUUUCCACCUCAAUCUGGGAAUCAAAGGCGUGGCUCUCAGCGGGGUGUGGACCAACCUCAACCUUGUAGUUUCUUUGAUUCUCUACGUAGUCUUCUCCGGCACGCAUAAGAAAACAUGGGGAGGUUUUUCCGUGGAGUGCUUCACGCAAUGGAAGUCGCUUCUCAAUUUGGCUAUCCCGAGCUGCAUUUCUGUGUGCCUCGAAUGGUGGUGGUAUGAGAUCAUGAUUUUGUUAUGCGGCUUGCUUGUAAAUCCCAGAGCAACCGUGGCCUCCAUGGGGAUUCUGAUCCAAACCACUUCCUUGCUCUACAUUUUUCCAUCGUCGUUAAGCUUCAGCGUGUCUACACGAGUUGGCAACAAACUGGGCGCCCAAAAGCCCUCGAAGGCGAGACUUUCUGCCACAGUUGGCCUCACUUGCAGCUUCGUGUUGGGGGCUUUAGCUUUGGUUUUUACCAUUGUGGUUAGGAACAUAUGGGCCAGCAUGUUCACUCAAGACAAGGAAAUAAUAACUUUGACCUCAUUGGUGUUACCGAUUAUAGGACUUUGCGAGCUCGGUAACUGUCCUCAAACAACGGGGUGCGGGGUGCUGAGAGGUACCGCAAGGCCUAAAGUCGGUGCUAACAUUAACUUAGGUUGUUUCUAUCUUGUAGGAAUGCCUGUGGCCGUUUGGCUUGGUUUCUUUGCUGGGUUUGAUUUUCAAGGGUUGUGGCUUGGGUUACUUGCGGCUCAGGGGUCUUGCGCGGUGACCAUGUUGGUGGUUCUGAGUCGAACGGAUUGGGAAUUUGAGGCUCUAAGAGCCAAGAAACUAACCAGUGUUGUUGUUGUUGUCGAUGAUGACGAUGAUGGCAGCAAGAAGGUUGGUGCAGAGAAGCCAGCCAAAGCUGAAAUCAAGGAAGAUUCUUUAUCAUCAUUAGCGGAAUCAGAUGAAGAUAAACAAUCGUGGGUUUAACUUUUAGUAAUCUCGGUUUUUUGGACAGAAAGAAAAACCAAAAUGGAAAAAUCAAAGCAGACAGGGAGAGAGAAAGAGAUCUAUAAGCGAUUUGUCUUUAGCUGUAUAGGGAAGGAGAGGUUAGUGACAGAGGAUGACUUUUUUGUUUUUAUAUAAUUUUAGAUCACAUGGGACAAUAAUGUUAAAAAUUUUCACGUAAUUAUCGUCGCUACCUCUUUUAUUCGUCAA